CCAGUUUCUUUGGCUUUACUUCAGGACCCUCCCCCGAUGGAUGCGACUGGUCUCCUUCUCUCCCUUUACCCUCUUCUAAAUGUUUAUGCCGCUUGAAGACUUUUUUUUUUCUAAGUGUGUGAGCCCUUGAAACAAACGCAUUUCUUCUCAUUUUCGUCCGGGGAAGUUGGUUACUAACUGCAAAACUAGAACGACAAAUAAUCCGGGAGUUCUUGACCGGCAAGGACCAUGCCGACUCUGCAGAGCUCCGCUGUCCUGCUGCUUCUUAGCCUCCUGAUUGGUCUGUGCUGGUCUCUGAACCCGAGAGACCCCAAUGUAUGCAGCCUAUGGGAGAGCUUCACCACCUCAGUGAAAGAGUCCUACUCUCAUCCUUAUGACCAUGUGACAGAGGAGCCCUGCUCGGACCCUCGGACCUCCUACAGAUGCACGCGCCACAGGAUUACCUACAAGACGGCCUACAGACAAGCAGUGAAGACAGACUACCGCAAGAGAUACCAGUGCUGUCCAGGCUAUUACGAGAGCAGAGACAAAUGUGUCCCUCGCUGCACCAAGGAGUGUGUUCAUGGCCGAUGUGUCGCUCCAGACCGUUGCCAGUGUGAGGGAGGCUGGCGGGGCAGCGACUGUUCCAGCGCCUGUAAUGACAAACAGUGGGGCCCCAGCUGCAGUCAGCAGUGCAAAUGCGAGAACGGAGCUCUCUGCGAUCCUGUCAAGGGGGCAUGUCAGUGUCCACCCGGGUACUUAGGACGCUACUGUGAAGAGUCUUGUCCAGCUGGCACCUUCGGGAAGGGCUGCAUGCAGAGGUGCAAGUGUGGGACUGGAGGAUCCUGUGAUAAAGCAACAGGAGAGUGCUUGUGUCGGGACGGAUUCACUGGGACUUUCUGUGAGAAGGCGUGUCUCAGGAAAUGCCAGCCACGAUGCUCCUGCCAGAACGGUGGUAUCUGCAAGGGCAAAGGGAUCUGCGCUUGCCCCCCUGGAUGGACGGGUGAAGUUUGCACAGAACGUUGUCCAGAGGGAAAGUUUGGACCAAACUGUGCUGACGAGUGUGUCUGCCACAACAGGGGCAAAUGUGACCCUGAAACUGGACAGUGUCAGUGUGCCAAAGGUUUCACUGGUAACAGGUGUAAUGAGGAGUGUGCUGUGGGCACGUACGGUCAGGACUGUAAAGGUGUGUGUGACUGUGCUAACGGCGCUCGCUGCUACAACAUUGAUGGAGGCUGCCUAUGUGAGCCGGGCUUCAGCGGUCCACAGUGCAGAGACAGGAUGUGUGCUCACGGCAAAUACGGCAUGCACUGUGAGCGCACAUGUCUCUGUCAAGACAAACACACACUCAGCUGCCACCCAAUGAAAGGAGAGUGCACAUGCCAGCCAGGGUGGGCAGGACUGUACUGUAAUGAGACCUGCGCUCACGGUUUCUACGGUCAUGGCUGCCUGGAGCCGUGUCUGUGUGUGAAUGGAGGGGUGUGUGAUAGUGCCACCGGCCAGUGCCACUGUGCCCCCGGGUUUACGGGUGUUCACUGUGAGAAUCCAUGCAAAAGUGGCACCUACGGCAAGAACUGCUCCCUUGAAUGCUCCUGCGAGAACUUUGUCGACUGCUCACCGAUCGAUGGGACGUGCUUCUGCAAAGAGGGCUGGCGAGGGCUGGACUGUUCGGCCCCCUGCUCUGAGGGAACCUGGGGCCCAGGUUGCAAUGCCACCUGCCACUGUGCCAACGGGGCAAAAUGUAACCCUGCAGAUGGAUCCUGCACCUGCACAGCCGGCUGGCAGGGGGCGCGCUGUGACCAAUCAUGCCCAAUGGGCACGUUUGGGCCAGGCUGCCUGAAGAGGUGUGAUUGUGUUCAUGCCGAUGCCUGCCAAGCUACCACUGGGGAGUGCCACUGUCUGCCAGGCUGGUGGGGUCCCCGCUGCAGUGAGCCAUGCUCAGAGGGCCUCUGGGGGCGCCACUGUAACCAGACCUGUUUCAAGCAUUGCCCUAACAGCGAUACAUGCUUGAGGGAAACUGGAGCAUGUGUGUGUCGCCCGGGGUACUGGGGAGUUACCUGUCAGAACAAAUGCAGAGCUGGGAUGUAUGGUGACCAGUGUAGUAUGUCCUGCCCGUCCUGUGGCCAGUCAUACCGCUGCCACCAUGUGACAGGAGAGUGUGAUUGCCUUCCUGGAUACACUGGACACAACUGUGAUCAAGUUUGUCCAGCUGGCUAUUACGGCAAGCAUUGCUCUGAAGUGUGUGUCAACUGUGCCAACAACUCCACAUGCGACCAGCGGAACGGUCACUGUGAAUGUUUGCCUGGCUGGACGGCUACUGACUGCUCCAUACCAUGUAGUCCAGGACGUUUUGGAGCAUUCUGUGCUCAGACCUGCUCCUGUCCGACCAACUCCAUCUGUGACCGGUUUACUGGGGACUGUGUGUGUGAAACUGGAGAUGACUGUAAACAAGACUCGUCUGAGCAGUCAGGCAGCGUAAUGGUUCCUCUUCCGCCUGGUGAGAGGGAAUCGUGGGGGGCCAUUGGCGGCAUCGUUGUGCUAGUCAUCCUGGUGGUCCUGCUGCUGGCUCUCCUGCUGCUCUACCGCCGCAGGCAGAAGGACAAGCAGAACAACACACCAACUGUCUCCUUUUCCACCAGCCGCACAGUCAAUUCUGAAUAUGCUGUCCCAGAUGUUCCUCACAGUUACCACCACUACUACUCCAACCCCAGCUACCACACACUGAGCCAAAACAGGCCUCCACUGCCGCACCUGCCCAACAACCACGAUCGCACCAUCAAGAACACCAAUAACCAGCUGUUCUGCAGUGUGAAAAACAUGGAGCGAGAGAGACGGGGCCUGUUUGGGGUUGAGAGCAACGCGACUCUGCCUGCAGAUUGGAAACACCACGAGCCCCGCAAAGACUCAGGAGCUUUUGGAAUCGAUCGGAGCUACAGCUACAGUGCCAGCCUCGGAAAGUAUUACAACAAAGAGCUGAAGGACACAGUGGCUGUGAGCAGCAGCUCUCUGAACAGCGAGAAUCCUUACGCUACCAUCAAAGACUUGCCCGGCCUGCCCUUCUGCCCCCCAGAGAGCAGCUACAUGGAGAUGAAGUCGGCUGUGCCCAGAGAGAGAGCGUACACCGAGAUCAGCCCUCCCCCGUUCAACACGGCUACCUUACGCAGAGAGCGUCAGAGUUCCCUUGGUCACGCUCCUCAUGAAGAUCCCCAGAGCCACUACGACCUCCCUGUGAACAGUCACAUUCCAGGACACUACGACUUGCCACCGGUCCGCCGACCCCCCUCUCCUAGGAGAACAUCUCAGUGACAGUCACAUUAGCAGAGCAAGUUUCCCCCCUCCUCAUUCACUUUGAGGAUGAUUUUAGGCCUGUGCUGGCAAAGAAAGAGCAAACUUAACGCUCUGCUCUGACAGUCAGAGCUCAGACCACCCACAGAGCAGCAGCAGAGGUGUCUGUCCCACUGAGGAACUAUUGUUUACUGUGGAUGUCCCCCCUUCCAACUCAACACUGCCCCUCUGUGGGCCAAAGUGGUACUUAUCUCACCGUGACAGACUUGUCAUCCAGACUGGGGAGCCAACGGGCUGCGGAGAUGGAGGUUGGGCUGUGGCGACGCCAGUGGGGCUUUGCUGCAUUCACCUCCCGUGGGAAAAAAAGACUUCAUAGUUAAAGGGAGCAUUUUGAGAAAUUUUUAUGUGUUUGAACUCAUCUAAACAUGCUGUAAUUGUAGUUUUCCACACAUUUUGCUUGCUACUGAUCAGCUGUUCUGCAUGUUUAAAGGUCCCCUUUUGUCAGAAGUUUCCGUCUUCAUCGUCAAAGAUGACUAAUGUAGACAUAGUUUACAUUUUUAUUUUGCUUCUUUGGUUAAAUUGAAGUAUAUUACAUCUUCAAAAUCCACUUUUUUUAACAGGCAGCUUUGGAUGUAUUAAUGUACUUGCUUUGAUUGACUCUUUGACUAAAACAAUGUCAACUUCCAAAAAAGAAAAGAUUUUAGUUAAUGUGUUAACAGCAAACAAAGCAUUGAAAAAAUCCUGCCAUAAAAUUAUUAAUUUUCUUUAUUUCAAAUAACAUUCUCUACACUCUGUUGUUUCUUUAUUGCUGUUAUUCAGGAUUCAGGAGAAGUCAGACUGCUUCACCAUCAAUAAUUCAUGUGAUCAUGUUUUCCAAAUGUGGCAUUUAGAGACACCAAGAAUACAUGUGUCUCAUUUUUGUUUAAAAAAAAAAAAUCUGAUUCACUUAUUGCUGCUGUCAGAUGAAAACUUUGUAAAUAUAGAUAUGCAUAUAUUGUUAUCCUCACACUAAUGUAGAACUGCCAAUAUUUUAAGAUGAACAUGUUUUUAAGUGGUUGGGAUAAGUUUGUGUGACCAAAGAUCAUAGACAUUUGCUCAUUUAUAGAUACCAAAAGGUCAGUGUAAGCACAAACUUGGCGUAUGUUGUGAAAAAUAAACCAUCAUCAAACUGGGAAUUACAAGCCAAAUCAAAGCAGCACUAUGAAUGUAAUAGCAGUGGACUACAGCGACUCCUGUAAGAAACUGUUUGGCUGAUUAGGAAUUUUGCCAAAACUGAUGAUAAAAUAAGCAGAUGUACCUUUGUCAUGUUUUCAUAACUGUACAUUUACAUGUCUUGUUGUCAACCAAGGUCUUGCGUUAGUUUUAGGUAAUUUUAGAAAUACUUUACUCUGUUUUGUAUCAAAUCUGGACCAAGUGAAGUUCAUUAUCCUGCCCAUUAGACAGCAGAAAUCUUGUGUACCAUAAUGGAUGUUGAGUGUGCUUUAAAUGCUGCAGUGUUUAGAUAGAGCUUCAGCUUUUUACAUAUGACUAUACAUAUUUGAAUGUAACCAUGGAAACAUGUUGUGUAUAUAUGUAAAUAAAAUGGCUGCAUUUUUCA